AUGACACUGGCUUUACUGUCAACUCCUGAACAAAUAAAAAAUGAUCGUAAACAGAUGAAUAUAGUUUUAGAUGGUAUCCUUGAUAAUCUAGUUUUGGCUGCUCGGGAACAAGAUUAUCGAUACCAACAUAGAUUUCAUGUGAGUGAACCACUAGUUGUUUUGGUAAAAUUGUUUAGUUAUGAUCGUACUCUUGAUUAUAUAAUGCAACAUGCAGAAGUUGAAUCACUAGAAACAACAACAACGUUAGAAUUUUUGCUUGAUUUUUUCUUUAAAUAUUAUGCUACAGUCAAACAUGAUGAUCCACUCAAAUUGACAACAAUGACAGCAUUAUGCAAUAUUUUUUGGAGUGUUUCACUACGACCUCAAUACAAACAGGAAUUGUAUGAAGAUGAAAAAAAAUUUGAAGAAUUUAAGAAGUUAAUAAAACAGAUUGCUCGUGGCAAAGACAACAAAAUGAUUGUCACAACAUCUAUACACUACGUUCCCACAUACAUUGAAAAUAUACAAAAAGCAGCCAACGGUAUUUUGUGUAAUAUUGUUGAACAACAAGAACAACAGCAAUCUGAAACUCAAAAAUCAGAGCGAUAUAGAGUCAAGCGAUCUCGAGCUCUAGCGCUCUCUCUUAGAUCGUCAUCAAUGAAUAGUCCAAGUAUUCCUAAACCUCCUAAACCAUCAAUUAUGAUUAGUUACUCACACGGAGACAAUGAUGUCUGCACACAACUAUACAAUGAGUUGAAUAAAAGAAACGAUGAAUUUGAUAUUUGGAUUGAUCGUCAAUGUUGUAAAACUGGUUAUUUAUGGGGUAAAAUAGCUGAUGGUAUUCAAGAAGCGAGUGUCAUUCUGUGUCUUCUAUCAAACAAGUAUUAUGAAAGCAAAUCAUGUCAACAGGAAUUUGUCUAUGCAAAUGAUCAUUUGAAGAAACAGAUUAUACCAGUGUUUAUUCAAAAAGAUAAACCACCAGGCUGGUUAGCUAUUCAUACAUGUUUGCUAAAAUAUGUUCGAUUUUGUCAGACUCAAUCAUUGGAGAAAGAAAAGUUAAAAGAUUUAAUGGAAAUGAUCGACGAAUAUUUAUCAUUGAACAAUAGCAAUAAUGAUGCUGAUUCGUCGAUUUCAGUUAUGACAAGACCUGUUCCUGUACAUCAUGAAUUAAUGAUACCAGCAGAAACAACAACGGUGAUGCCAGUUACACAGAACAAAGGAUUAGAAAUUAAGCCACAAGUUGUUUACAGAAGGAAACUUGCCGUCAAUCUCGAUGAGAAACCCAUAUCACAAUGGAACAGGGACGAUGUUGCUCAAUGGUUUCAACAGAAUAAAAUUAUGCCUGAACUGUAUAAAUUAUAUCAAUUCGAAGAUGGUCCUGAACUAUUAACUUAUGCUGCAACUAUUUUAGAUGAAAAUGUAUUGAAAUUAGAACAGCAACUCUAUUCUCAAGCGUAUUCACAAGCAAAUGAUGGUAAAGUAUUGUUAACACCACCAUUUUCACGAUUCACGAACGCUUUGCGAAAAUUGCACUAUGAUACUGAAUUGAAAAUGCAAAAAUCAGCAAUAGGGGCAGAACCAAUUAUAAUGAAUGCUAGUAAUAGUGUUGGUGUACAAUCAUGUGCUGAAUUUUCAGCGUUAGAUGGCCGAGCUUCUGAUACGAUGAAAGAAAAUAGUUUUCAAAAUUUAGCACAAGUCUUAUUUGAUGCUGGUCGUGCACUCACCAAGUCGUCAAUACAAGUACAAGCUAUUCUUCCAAACCCUACUACUGCAAUAAAUUAA